GGAGUAGCCGUCUGCAGCGACAGUAUAUAUUCAACGUUCCCCCUUUACCCUUUAGCUGGAGAGCACAGUGGAGGUUCAGAGGUGGCGAAGAAUAUGGACGUGUUCCCACAAAAUCUGCUUGUUGCUUUCAUCCUUUCUCUCUAUGUUUCUGGAAGAGCAUACAGACUUGACAUUCUACAGAGAAACUCUGAGCCAAGUGAAGGCAACGUGAGACUGUCUGGUUCUGAAAGCCCCUCAGAGGGACGUGUGGAGAUCUACCAUGAUGGGAAAUGGGGAACGGUGUGUGAUGACAACUGGGACAUAGCUGAAGCCCAGGUGGUUUGUCGUCAACUCAACUUCCCCGGAGCCAAAUCCGUUGUGAUUGGGAAGGACUAUGGAACAGCAUCUGGACCCAUUUGGCUCGAUGAGAUUGCCUGUACAGGGAAAGAAAAACAACUUGUGUCUUGUCAGUUCAGUGGCUGGGGAAAAACUGACUGUACCCAUAAAGAGGAUGCUGGAGUUGUCUGUGAAUCAAGAAAUGAUGUGACAAUAAGUGGCUCUACAAAUUCACUGGACCACAGCAUCGGCCUCUCUGGUGACCUCGGUCAAAUCUUUGACCGUGGCACCGCUUGUGAUUUCCUGAUCACUUUCCAGACCCCAAGUGGAAACAAAAAGGACGAUGGGACCGAAGAGAUGAUUGAGACGACAAUUUGUGCACACAAAGCGAUCAUCAUGUUGUACCCGUACUUCAGUGCUUCAGCGGGGGCGAAUAACAUCACAGUGACUGUCAGCAAACCCUGCCAGUCGUAUUUUACCUCCUUCAUCAGGUACCUUUACACCCGUAAGACUGAUAUCACCUACUCCUCUGCAAUGUGCCUCCACCAGCUUGCUUCAGACUUUGGAAUUAAACAACUAAUGGAGGACAUAGGUCGACUGUUUUCUAAUGUCCUCCCAGAUGAUGCGUCCUUUCACUCCCAAGUUUCACUUUACAAAUAUGCCGUUGAGUCAAAGGACUUGGUCCUCGAGGAAAACUGCGUCCAGUACAUGGCCUGGAAUUUCCAAAACCUGACCGGUUCCCCUGUUUGGGCCGAUCUUCCUGUGGAGCUCCUUCGUCGCCUUCUCACCCGCUCUGAUUUGGUGGUUGCCGAUGAGUAUUUUUUACUUCAGACUCUGGAAGGCUGGAUCACAAACAAUGGCGGCUCCCUGAGUUCAGAAAACCAGGCCGACUUGCUCCGUCUGAUUCGCUUCCCCAUGAUUCCUGCUGAGAAGCUGUAUGAGCUGGAGACCAAAUCUCUUCUCUUCAGCGCUCACAGGGAUCUAUAUCGUGACAGUGUCUUGAAAGCAUAUCAGUUCAAUGUUCUACUCUACAGUAAUCUGACCCAAUUAAAAUUAGCCAAAGAGAAUGAUGAUUACAAGCCCAGAAUCUACACAGGUGAGACCUGGAGUAUUACUAUUGUCCCUGGGGCAAAAUCUUCCUCAUCUCAAAGUCAAAACCAAUACAUAAAUUAUGGCUACCGAGAUAGUUACGGUCGUUAUGGUGGUUAUUACCCAAGUCCUACUGAAUCCCCUAACAAGCAACUGAGCACACCUCUCCACAGCAGCCUUCUGUUUAAGAACAACAUGAUCACCUGGGAGGCAAAUGUCUUGAAAACGCAGAACGAAUGUUCAAGGCGGGGUUUGCGGUGUGAAUCAUUUCCUGCAGCCCGACUGGCUCUCCGGAACCAGUAUCAGUCGACGAGCGGUGUUCUCUUUCGAAACCGCCUCUUGCUGACGUGCCAGAACAGGUACGUCUGUCAGAUCCAAGGUUUCAAAGGCGACCUGGCUUAUGUGAGCACAAAUGACACCCAGGUCCUUGCCUAUCCCUGUCCUGAUGAUAAGUACACUUACACAUUUGUAGUGAGACCAGAGUAUGUGUGAUCCAAUGAAGAGGGAGUUUCAGAAAAUAAUGACCACAAACAGAGCAAUUGCCUUGUAUCAAUAAUUAUCAGCUGAUUCAAAGGCAAUUCAAUUAAAUGAUUUUUUUCUUUCAGUGAUUCCUAUGAUCAGUAAUUUCUAUAAUAAAAAUUUAUAUAUCUGUCAUAUCAAUCAAUUAUAUAUUUUUUUUAUUAUGAAGAAAAAAUAAAGCAACAACAAAACCUUUCUGAGUCUGAAUUUUUUUUUAAUGUUCCAUGAAAUGUGAAAAGGAAUUAAAAGCCUGGUUCAUAGCUGCA